AAUAUUCUUGCAAACAAAGGGAGUAGAUAGGUCGCACUCGCGUCAUAAGAGAGAGCGUCAGAGCGCCUGCGAGGCCCAGCCUCCCACUCACCAUACGCCUCCUCUCGAUCUUACCUUCGCACACACCUUUCUCGAUCGUACGCAGUGUGUGUAAGCCUAGUUCUCCUACCUAGGCAGCCAGCUCAGCUCGCCGCCCGGCCGGUGAUGGGAGGACGAAGGUCAUCAUCAGUGGCUCCAGCGGCCGUCCUCGCGCUGGCGGCGGUGACCAUCGCCAUCGCGGCCGCUGCGGCGGCCGAGGGGGAGGUGAAGUGCGGCGGGUGCUCCCCGUGCGGCGGCGCCGACUGCCCGGUGCUGUACCCGUCGCCGCCGCCGCCCGCGCUGCCUCCCCCGCCGCCGUACUACUACUACAGCCCUCCGCCGCCGGCCACCACCUACCCCGGGGACUCGUCGUACUGCCCGCCGCCGCCCGGCGCGUACAUCCAGAUCGGGAGCACGCCGCCGGGGAAGGGCCCGCUGUACCCGCAGGACCCGGGGUUCAUGCCGUCCGGCGCGCCGGCCCGCGCCGCGCCGCUCGCGCUCGCGGUCGCGCUCGCCGCGUUGGCCUUCUUCUUGUGAUCUCUGCAUGUGACAACUGGACGGCGAGCUUCCUCGGUGUAGUAAGUAGCGCGCGCGACGGCCCGAGGGAGGAGUCGACACAUCGUGCCGCCGGCGUUCCACGGGUUCAUUCAUUUCCCAGUGUACUUAUGCAUAUGCUCCUUCUGUGACAAUAAUUUUCACGUACUGGCCAUCUAUGGGCUACACGGUAGUUCUUUCUUGUAAUGUAUGAAAGUUUUCUUU